CGAAAGAAGAAGAAGAACAGGCAGGAAGGAAGGAAGAAAGAUAGUUGUGCUGCUUUCAUUUUGUCCGAGUAUUUAAUAACGGGUGGCUGAAUAAAACACCAAUAAAAAAAGAGUUAAUGAUCUGCUUGAAAAAUCCCUGGGAGAGAAUCUGAGUGCGUAAGGCGCCAUGUCUACUGGUUGCCCACCACAGUCUCCAGCCGUGGCUAAAACAGAGGUGGUUGUGGAAGGAUGGUGCCCCCUAUUGGCAGCCACCUUUGCCUACUGGGACAACAUCCUGGGACCCCGUGUAUGGCACAUCUGGGCCCCCAAAGGCCAGGGGUCGAUGUUACUCAGUGACAGCGAGGUGACUUUCCUGGCAAAUCACACGCUGAAUGGUGAGAUUCUGCGCAGUGCAGAAAGCGGUGCCGUGGACGUCAAGUUCUUCGUCUUGGCAGAGAAAGGCGUGAUCAUCGUGUCACUGAUAUUUGAUGGCGAGUUGAAGGGUGACAAGAACACGUGCGCACUGUCCGUCAUUCUACCCCAAACAGAACUGGAUUUUUACCUUCCGCUGCACAGCAUGUGUGUGGAAAGACUCAAGCACACUGUUCGUAAGGGACGCAUCUAUAUGCAGAAGGGUUAUGGCAUUAUAGCUUUGUUAACAUCUGAGAUUAUUCCUGUCAUGGAGCUUCUCUCGUCCAUGAAAACUCAUAGCGUAGCAGAGGAAGUUGAUCUCAAAGACACAUUACUGAAUGAUGAUGAUAUAGGUGACAGCUGUCAUGAGGACUUUCUGCACAAAGCCAUCAGCUCUCACCUACAGACUUGUGGCUGCUCCGUUGUUGUUGGCAGUAACCCAGACAAAGUCAAUAAGAUUGUGCUGACGCUAUGUCUGUUCCUCACUCCCGCUGAGAGGAAGUGUUCACGACUGUGCCGAGCUGACGGCACUUUCAAAUACGACACUGGCCUGUUCGUUCAGGGCCUGCUCAAGGACUCCACAGGGAGUGUUGUGUUGCCUUACCGACAGGUCCUGUCUUCCCCCUAUCCAUCUACUCACAUUGACGUGGACAUUAACACAGUGAAGCAGAUGCCUCCUUGCCAUGAACACACAUACCAUCAACGCCGCUACAUGCGUGCCGAACUCAGCGCCCUCUGGAAGACUACCAGUGAGGAGGAAAUCAGCCCUGACCACCUCAUCAACAUACAAGAAUCCUUUACACCUGACCUGAACAUAUUUCAGGAUGUCAUGCACAAAGAUGCACUGGUAAAGUCUUUCAUAGAUGAGGUUUUCCUCUUGAAACCAGGUCUAAACCUUCGGGGUGUAUACUUGUCACAUUUCCUCCUGCUGCUGCACAGGAAGGCUCUGACGCUGCUCAGAUAUAUUGAGGAUGAGACUCAGAAGGGGAAGAAGCCUUUCCGGUCGCUGCGUAAUCUGAAGACUGACCUGGACUUGACUAUAGAAGGAGACCUGAACGUCAUCAUGGCAAUGGCAGAGAAGCUGCGACCAGGCCUUCACUCGUUUGUGUUUGGGAAGCCCUUCUUCACCAGCGUACAGGAGCGUGAUAUUCUAAUGAACUUCUGACCUUGCACCUUAAAACACUCAAGAUCAUUAAUCCACAAGAUGACUGAUAACGUAUUCAUGUUCCUAAAGUAUGGUUGUGCAUAAAGUAUGUAUACGUGCACUGAUUCACUCUGGAGCUUGCUUGAACCUUUAUUUGUAUAACAAAAGGUGUAAUUGGAUUUGUGUGUGUUUAAUUUGUUUUGCCUUUAAAUACUGAGAACCUGUCAGCAUAAUGCCAUGCAGGCCCUUAUUUAUGUUCAUCAUUAAUUAAUUUUAACUAUGAAGAUUGUUAUGCUGCUACCGAGUACCUCUGAUGGCACAGCCUCACGCCGAUGUUUCUUUGUUUCUUCUGUAGACAGUAAAUCAGUCUUUGCUUAUUCUGAGGGCCAAGUGUUAUCAUGGAGACAUGAGAAUUGAGAGAUCAUGUAAAAUGAGAUGCAGCUCAUUGGAUAUGCUGAUACAGUUUGUACAUGAAAGACUUUUAAAGCAAGCAGACUUGAGCUAAGGUGUUGAUUGAUAUUGUCACAGGACUACUGUCUGUAAAUAAAUCUGAAGGUGAAUUAACUAACGUGGUUGUACUGAAAUUCAAUAGUUUUUGCUGUUUGUUUUUGUUUUUUUUUAUUUGGACAAUGUCUGUCUUUAGAAAAGCACUGUAUGUGAGAUAGUUAAUGUUUUAAAAUGUAAAUAAAGAUAUAGCUCAGAUGGUGGAGUAUUCUCUU